AUGGCCAACCAAACACCAACGCCGUACGCCAAUCCAGCUUACGAUGACGAACCAGCUGGAGUUCGCAAUAGUGGUGGACCAAGUCCGAUGGGUUCGAAUAUUUUCAUCGUUAAGCCUGAUGAUGGAAUGAAAAAUCGUUCGCAUCCGGAUCCACAUCGUCACGAUCCUGUGACAAAGAAAAACAUCGGCUGGACCAUUCUUCGUGGUAUUCGUUCUCUUUGGGCAACCCGACAGACAGAAAAAGAUCUUCGCAAGAACAAAGAUUUGUAUGUCAAAACAACGAUUCGAGAGUUGAUUCUCUAUUUGGUAUUCAUUACUAUAUUAUGCAUAAUAACUUUUGGCAUGACAUCAACCAAAACAUAUUAUUUCACUACGGUGUUGCGCACAAUCUUUACGGAACGUAAGGUUACCGGUAUUGGGGACCAGCCGGCCUAUGAUGAUAUCGCUAAUUUCGAUGAUUUUUGGAAUGUAAUGAGCGGACCGGUUCUCAAUGGGCUAUUCGAUCAGACGUGGUACAAUGGGGAAAACCUAACACUCGAUCAAUAUGGAUAUGUUUUAUUCGAAAAUAAAAUUCUCGGCUUACCACGCCUUCGGCAACUUCGUGUAACCAAUCAUUCCUGUACUGUUCACAAGAAAUUUCAAUCGGUAAUUCCCGAUUGCUACGGAUCUUACAGUGGCAGUAGAGAAGAUCGCCAAACGUAUGGACCGGCGAACGAUACGGUCACGCCGAACGCAUGGCACUAUCAAACGUCAAGUCAACUUCAGGGUUCAUCUUCAAGUGGUCUAAUCUCUCGAUAUGGCGGUGGUGGUUUCGUACAGGACUUGACAACAAAUUACAAUGCUGCUUCUGCUCAAAUCGCUGAUUUAAAUGCAAAUCUUUGGAUCGACCGUGGUACACGUGUAGUCUUUUUGGACUUUACUGUCUACAAUGCCAACAUCAAUUUGUUCUGCCAAAUUAAAUUAACCGUUGAAUUUCCAGCAUCAGGCGGUGCCGUUCCAUCAAAAUCAUUCUCAACUGUCAAAUUGAUCCGUUAUGUCUCAUCCAUGGACUACUUCGUUUUGGCAUGCGAAAUUUUGUUUAUUGUCUUUACAAUUUAUUACACAAUCGAAGAAAUCAUUGAAAUUAAACAUUAUCGAUUGUAUUACUUCAAAGGCAUGUGGAAUGUUCUUGAUGUUAUUAUCAUUUUGAUCUCGUAUGUUUGCAUUGCUUUCAAUGUCUAUCGUCAAUUCAAAGUUGGCCAAAUUCUCGAUGAAUUAUUGCAAGAUCAGAACAGUUUUGCCGAUUUCGAAUUUCUUACCUACUGGCAAAUUCAAUUCAACAAUGUCGUCGCUUUUGCCGUUUUUCUCGCUUGGAUCAAAAUCUUCAAAUAUGUUUCAUUCAACAAAACAAUGACACAAUUAUCAACAACGUUAUCCCGUUGCGCAAAGGAUGUACUUGGUUUCAGCGUGAUGUUCAUGAUUGUCUUCUUAGCAUAUGCACAAUUGGGCUAUUUGCUGUUUGGAACAAUGGUCGACGAUUAUAAGACAUUCGCCAUUUCGAUUUUCACUCUCUUUCGAAUUAUCUUGGGUGAUUUUGACUUCAAUGCCAUUUUGGAUGCUCAUCGUAUUCUUGGACCGAUCUUCUUCUUGACCUAUGUCUUCUUCGUGUUCUUCGUUUUAUUGAACAUGUUUUUGGCUAUCAUCAACGAUACUUAUUCUGAAGUUAAAAAUGAUAUGACGACACAGAAGUCGGAAUUCGAACUAGGAGAAUAUUUCAAGAAAUCGUACGACAAAAUGCUCGAACGAUUGAAUGUUAAACGUGAUCGUAUUAUUGACAUCCAAAAUGCAUUAAAAAGCGCUGAUGUGAACAAAGAUGGUAUCAUCGAAUUCGAUGAAUGGCGUCGUGAUUUAAAAGCUCGUGGUUAUACCGAUAUUGAAAUCGAGAACGUCUUUUCACGCUACGAUACCGAUGGUGAUCGUGUUCUCCGCGAUGCUGAACAACGUCGAUUCAAGGCUGACUUAACUGCACAAGAGAACAAUUUGGACAUGGAUAUUCAAGAUUUGAACGAUUCUCAUGUUCAAAAACCCAAUCCUGUUGCCGGAGGAGGAGCAGCAGCAGCAGCGACAGCAGCAACAACAACAAGUGCGAAUACAACUAAUGACAAUGACGGCGAUAACCCAAAUCGCAUCACUUACGAUGAAUUCGCAAUCUUAGUACGACGUAUUGAUCGUAUGGAAUAUUCGAUUGGAAACAUCGUUUCACGAAUUGAUGGUGUCUUAACUAAAUUAGAAACGUUGGAAAAAGGCAAAAUGAAACGUCGUGAAGCAUUAACCAAAAUACUUAACAAUAUUGCCGACGACAACACAAUGAGCAAAGAAGUGAAACAAGAACGUUUAGAGAAAAUGAUUCGAGAUGAGCUCGAAGAAAGUGGCUCGGACCGUCACACACCUGUUCAAAGUUUACUCGGAUCAUCAACAACACCCGGAGCACCAGCUGGACACACAGGUCAACAAGACAAAUCGCCACGCCGCCAAAGCCCAACUAGCGCCAGUGGGAGCAAAUAUUAA